AUGCCUUCAGUCUUCGACCAGCUCAAGGCAUCGCCAAAAAAGGUGAAGACCAUCAAGUCGGCCUAUGAGAGCGAAAGUUUUGAUGCAGAUGGCACAAUCCACGUGGAUGGUCUGGUUGGUUCUGCCACAAUAUCCCCGUCCGGCCGCGACGUCGCCCUUGCGUCUCCGGAAGGAUUGGCCAUUAUCGACCUCGACUCUCCCUACAGUCCUCCUCGCCGCCUGAGCAGUCAUGGGCUUCCGUGGCUUGUCGUUGAUGUUCAAUGGUCCCCGUUUGCUGCCCGAGACUACUGGGUCGCGUCUACCGCCAACCAUCGAUGUCUUGUCUGGAACUUGAACCUCCGGGAUGACUCGACUUCUGGCGCCAUCGAACACUCCCUGCAAGGACACACCAGGGCGAUCACUGACAUCAACUUCUCCGCCCACCAUCCUGACCUUUUGGCAACCUGCGCCGUAGAUGGCUACGUCCACUGCUGGGACCUGAGGCGGCCGAGGCAACCAGCCCUCACCUUCUGUGACUGGUUUGCCGGCGCUACACAGGUCAAGUACAGUCGCCAAGAUCCAUUCAUUAUCGCAUCUUCUCACGACAGAUGGCUUCACAUAUGGGACGAGCGGAAGUCGUCUGAGCCAUUGAGGUCUAUAAGUGCUCAUACUUCCAAGAUCUACGGCAUCGAUUGGAAUCGUUUCACUGCCACCGCCAUUGUGACUUGCUCCUUGGACAGGAGUAUCAAGUUUUGGGACUACAGAAAUGCCGAGGAUGUUCCAGAAAGAGUCAUUAGAACUGAAUUUCCUGUCUGGCGUGCCAGACACACGCCCUUCGGCAGAGGCCUCUUGGCUAUGCCUCAAAAUGAGCCGGGACAUCUGUAUCUUUUCGACCGACGCAUGGGCCCUGAUACCCCUGUUGACGGACAGGUCGAGCCAGUUGCGACAUUUGAGGGCCAUGGUAGUCAGAAGGCAAAAGAAUUCCUCUGGAGAGCCCGCGGUGGUAUCAGCGAAGACAGGCUCGACAACCGCGAGUUCCAGCUGGUAUCCUGGGGCGAGGACAACAAGCUCCGUUUGACACGCCCGGAACCUCAGGUCUUGGAGUCAGUGGGACACGUCAAGGGCAUGGCGGCAAGGACAAAUCUGGUUAUAACCAGAAAAGGAGCCACAUACAAGACCUUUCGGACCGUAGAUGAUGGCAACCACCAUCGACGAACAGCGACCAUGAGCGAUUCUCGGACCGGGGUGUCUCGCCAAAGCGCACUUACUCUGGGCAUGAAGCUACCAUCCUACCGGACCGGACCGUCCUGGAAAGGACCCUCCAUGAAGGCCAAGAAUUCGAGAAACGGCAAAGUGGACAGAAGCCAGGCUCAGAUGAAUUGGAUGAGAGGUAUCACGAUGACUAAGAGGAAAUCGAGUACCGACUUUCCGCAGCGAGCAGCGUCCAAGGAUUCCUCGAUGUUCGGGCUGGGCUUUCAUGACGACCAGUGGGGCGAGCCCGAAUCGCUACAAGAGGAGUUUGUCCGAAUCAGCACUCAGCUGCCCAAUGUCAAGUGGGACAGCAUUGACAUGGAUACGCUCAUACUCAAUGCCUCUUUGAAGGGCCCGUGGGGCGUCGAUGGUAAUGACAUCUUCAUCAAAGUCAAGGUCGACAUUCCGCAUGCCUAUCCCAAGAACAAAGCCCCCAAGUUUAUCAUCGAGAGGAAUGCUUUCAUGCCACCCGGCGCUCAUGAAAAGCUCGAAAGCGAGGUUCACCAGAUUGCUCAACAAUUUUUAAAACGCAAGCAGAAUUGCCUUGCUGCAGCCUUCUCCUACCUGCUUGGGGAGGCCGACUUAACGCAAAGCACAACCUUUUUCAAAAACGUGCGCGACCUGGACGACGGAAUAGAUGUGCUCGCUGACGAAAGCUCGAGCGAGGACUCGGACAACGACAUCCCGGCUGGAGCAUCGGCAUCAAUGUCCAUGUCGCAAGAAUUGAGCGCGAGCACUGAAAUCGAUAACACUCUGGCACCAAGCCACCGCCCUGCCAUACCUCCAGUGAUUAGGACAUGCGGCGCUCGAUUUUCAAACGAUGGGCGGCUGGUCAGCUUCUUUCCAACCAAGGAAGCCAAGGCUCUGCUUUUCAGUCCGAACGAGACUUUCAGGGAGCGUCCAAAAGAUCAGCCCACCUUCGCUGGCUUUGGUCGUCUCACUCAUGAGUCUCCUCCACGGCAGCGGUACCUUGAUGGUGAAGCCUCGGUGAAUGAUGAUGUAUCAGCCAUGUCAGACGAUUCGGAUGACUCGUCGUCUUCGAGCGAUUCAGAAAUGACUACCAUGCACAAGAUCAGUCUGUGGUACCGUCCAGGACGCCGCUUGCACAAGACCUGGAGUGCGAAUGAGUCACUCCGUUCCAGUGGCGGAGGAACUGGCGCAGGCACAGGCACAGGCACAGGAACCGGUACAAAUCGUCGCCGGAUCGGACGACCAAAGAACAUCGUAUCGUUGUAUGAUAUGCGUGACAUGCUACCAUCGAAGAAGCAGUUUGCCGAAGAGUACAUCAUCUUCGGCGACGGAGCCCAUGUCUGCGAGCACAAUGCUCGAGUGGCGGAGAAGUAUGGGUACCACGACUUAGUCAACAUAUGGAGAUAUUCAGCACUUCUGCUGAGGUCAGACAUCCCGCUGGAGUUACAUGAGCAUCGCCAGAAAGACAAGUCCGUACUCGUCAUUGCUAGAGAUGCCCUUUCGAAACACGGGAACCACGAGCACCGUGCAGACAACGACGAGCUCCUGAGGGGACGAGUCAAGUGGGGCCAUCACCCACUCGCGCAAGACUUUGUUCAUGAUCUAUUCGAUUAUUUCGGACAAACAGGGGAUAUACAGAUGUUGGCGAUGCUGUCAUGCAUAUUCGGAGAGUCAUCGGCAGAGGACAGUGUGGCGUAUGCCGAGUCUCGCUUGACACAGCCCGAAACACCGCUGCCGAUGAAAGCCCCAUCGUUCUCCUUGGAAUACUUCCCGACAGACACUGCAGAGUGGAGUAUGGAGCGAAGGAGUGGCUACAGCUCAGCAGUAACAACACCCCGAACGUCGCAGACGCCCGUUGUUUUCUCCGAUCCACAGAGUCCAGAUGUCCUCUGGAUGGGAGAUCCUUCGUCGCAGUCGUAUUCGACUGGUGAGACGCCGCCACACAGGUUCUUCAAAGACCAUCAUCUCAGUGAGAUAGAUCACACUCAGAGCCUUUCCACGUCUCCAAAUGACCGUGCUAUUCGUCGGUCUCAGUCCGUCCUGGCAUCCACAUUCACUUCAGGCAUGCCACGCGGAUUUACUUCAUUGACGUCCUCAUCUCCUCCAGGGCGCAAGCGUCCCAGCCCAGCCGAGAGGAUCAUGGAGAAUAUAUCGCACAUCCAUGGUAACAUCACCUGGGGAGGCUCGACAUACUUCGGAGCGUCUUCGGAGGCCACAGAGACAGCGAGAACGUCUGUGUCAGAUGACGAAUUCCGCAGAGACGAGCUCGUGUCCACGAUACCCGUCAGCGUGACAGUGACAAUCGAAAAUGAAUCGGCAUUCGACGACGAUGGGUGGCUAGCUACUCCUCUACUAGACCCUAGCCGGAGCCCUGAUUAUGCAGGCUAUCGCUACGCGUAUGCGGAGAUACUACAGAUGUGGCGUCUCCCCUUAGCACGAUUAGAAAUCAUGAAAUUCAACGUCCUUAAGGAGGGCAGCUGGAGUGAAGGCGCACGCCUCAGCGCUGACAGCAGCUGCAUUGAAUCCGCCAUCCACGACGCCAGCCAAUCCGCCACCGGCACGACCUCUCCUACAAUCAUACUUGGUGGCAAACGCGAACAACUCCACACGCUGCAGGCGUCCGGCCGCGGCCUCGAUGUGACAGGCGUCUGUCGUGUCCACGAGAUGCAGCUGCAACCACUACAGUAUUCUCAGAGCCCGUCUCUGGGAGGCGCGGUCGGUGUCUGCGAGAGAUGUAGGCGUACACAGACACAGCUCACAUGUGUGUACUGUCACGAGGCCAUCAACGCGCUCUAUCCAGCUUGCUUGGGCUGCGGAUGCGUCUUCCAUGAAAACUGUCUCGCUGAGUGGCACAGCAUGGGAGAAACCGAAUGCCCUGCUGGCGAUGAUUGCCAGUGUGUCGAGGAGGCAGACAAGGGCCAGGUAGAGACCUGGGUCGCCAUGAGGGCGGCGUUGGGGAUGGGGCGCGAGAGAACGGAGUCUUACGGCCACUCGAGGGCGAAGACAAGCCACGGGGAGAAGGACAUCGCACGGGAACGGAGUGGCAGCGGCAGCGGCAGUGGGAGUACCUUGUCCUCCGGGGCUGGGCUUGGCAAGGCCGCGGUCAUGGUGAGCAGACUCAGAAGAAAGUCGGCGCCGGCGCCGUUUUCGAUAGGCCCCGAGGGCGAUGCUGAUGAUCAGUCUACCACCCCUGCAGCCGGGCCGGACUCCCCUGCAAGCGUCUCGGGCUUCCAGGUGGUGAGAUCUCCUCUCGAGCGCGAAAGUGACGGCGACAGCCUCUCCUCUGUGCCGCCGGCGAGCUCUGCGAACACGCCUGCUAAGCCAAGCCCCCUUGGACCGGGAGUAUCUGCUGCGAGGUUGAGCCUGGGCAACAGGCUGAAGAGCCUUGAAGCUCGGAGGCCGAGCAGCUUCAGGCGAAAGAGUGGUGACAAUGACGGUGGUCACGGUGCUGGCGGAAGUGGCAAGAAUACUAAGCAUUGA